GUAGAGGUUUAUUUCGUGGCGUGGGGUAGCUGUAUGUUUUUCAGACCUUUGUGUGUUGCCAUUUGUCAACUUGAUAGCUAGAAAAAGUUGCAAUGCUGGCAUCAAGAGUUUUCAGAGUCAUCUUGGCUGACUGUAGAACUUCUACAAAAUAUGUGAAAUACCCACAAUUGUCGGGUGGUCCGCGGCUGUCUGUGCGACUGUACCACGUGCUCGGUCACUCGGAGCGGGCGGCAGCGGGCCGCACCGUGACCCGGCCGGCGCUGCGCUGGCGGGCGGCGCCUCUCUGGCUGUCGGCCCACUGUCAGAGCACGGACACCUCGGAUGGAGACUACAUACCGUCACCGCCGCGGCCGCCCGGGGCCGACGAACUGGCGGCCACGCCCACCCCGACGGCGCCUAGCGGCGCGGCCGACACGGUGGCCGACCUGGUGGAGCCGCUGCAGCAGCUGAACGCACUGGGCGAGCCCUCUCUGAGCUCGCUCGGUCUGGGCGGCUGGACCCCGCCGGGACUGUUCCAGCAGUUCUUUGAGAUGCUGCACGUGACGGGCGGCCUGCCCUGGUGGGGCGCCAUCGCUGUCGGUACGGUAGUCAUUCGUCUCUGCAUGUUUCCGCUGGUGGUGAAGGCCCAGAAGAACGCCGUCGUCAUGAACAACAACCUGCCGCGGCUACAGGGCCUCCACAUGAAAAUGAUUGAGGCCAGGCAAAUGGGUAACGAAAUGGAAGCGGCGCGCUGGAGCAACGAGCUGAUGCUGUUCAUGAAGGAGAAGGAGGUGAACCCGCUGAAGAGCAUGCUGGUGCCCAUGGCCCAGAUCCCCGUGUUCGUGUCGGUGUUUUUCGGUCUGCGACAGCUGACCAACGUGCCGCUGGUAUCGCUGAAGGACGGCGGCAUGCUUUGGUUCGUGGACCUCACGGUGGCCGACCCGUUCUGCCUGCUGCCGGCCAUCACAUCGCUCACCAUGCUGGCCACCAUAGAGCUGGGUGCCGAGGGCGGCAAGGUCAGCACGGGACCCAACCAGCACCUGGUGCGCUACGUGCUCAGAGCCAUGCCGUUCAUCGUGUUCCCGCUCACCAUGAACUUCCCGGCGGCGAUCCUGUGCUACUGGGUGUGCUCCAACCUGGUGGCGCUCAACCAGGUGCUCUUCCUCAAGAUCCCAGCUGUGCGCACCUACUUCAAGAUCCCGGCCAAAAUCAAACACGAUGAGACCAAGCUGCCCGUCAAAAAGAAGCCCUUCGUAGCCGGCAUGAAAGAAAGCUGGAACAACAUGAAGGUCACCAAGGACCUCGAGGACCGGCAACGGUACGACGAGAUGCGCUUCAAGAAGGCCGGUCUGGGCCCCGUCACAAAGACCUACUCGUACGACCCGACCCGACACAACCCAGACGGGUCACCACGCAAAAAGUAGCGCCGCACACCGGCUAGUCUAGUCCUGUGAAUCGCGGGUGGGGCGGGCGGGUGGCCGUUUUGAUAUGUAUUGUUACAGAUGUGUGUUAGAAUGUGAUUGCUGUCACUGCCUGACUGAGCAGUGAUUGUGUUGUGUGUGCUGAUGGAAGGAAGGCAGUAUCAUAUUGGAUGCUGUGUCCUUCGAAGAGUGACGCAGCAGCAGCUGGGCGAUUGUUUUCAGGCAGUCAUAGUGACUGGCCGUAUACCCUCAGCGGAGUACGUUAUCAGUGUGUUUUCCUAGACUCAUGCUCAUGUCUGCCAGGAACGCCGUCGCUGUGCCAUUUCUGGACGACGUGGGAGUGUAGUGUGUGAACAUGUACACGCAUCUUCAUUGACCGACAACACGUUCUCGAUUCGUG